AUGACCAUGCAAACACUCUGCUUCAUCACUCUCUUCAUAGCUAUCUCCAUCUCUCAAACCACUUCAACUUGUGCUUACAGAUUAAAAUUCGACAACUUCGGUAUUAAUGGCUCCAAUCUCUUCACGUUCCAUGGAGAUGCAGAGUAUGGUCCCGACAACAGUCGCAUGAGCCGGUCGGGUGCCCUCGCUUUGACCCAAUACACCAUUCCUUUCGCUCAUGGUCGAGCUAUUUUCAUCAACCCAAUCACCUUCAAGCCUCCCAACAACGCUUCUUCUGUUUACCCUUUUAAGACCUCUUUCACCUUCUCCAUCACUCCUCACAAAACAAACCCUACUUCUGGUCAUGGUCUCGCCUUCCUCGUCGUCCCUAAUAACAAAAACGAUGUCGUUUUCGGAUUAGGUUACCUCAGUCUCGUGAACCGAACCAGCAACGGUAAUCCAAGUAACCAUCUAUUUGCUGUUGAGUUCGAUGUUUUUCAGGACAAGUCUCUUCACGACAUCAACGAUAACCAUGUCGGAAUCGACAUCAAUUCGGUAGACUCGGUGGUUUCGGUUAAAUCCGGUUAUUGGGUUAUGACAAGAAACUGUUGGUUAUUCAAGGAUUUGAAGCUGAACAGUGGAGAUAAAUACACGGCUUGGAUCGAGUACAACGACAAUUAUAAACUCAUCUCGGUUACCAUUGGGCUCGCGCAUUUGAAGAAACCGAACCGGCCUUUGGUUGAGGCAAAAUUCGAUCUCUCCAGUGUGCUGCUCGAGAAGAUGUACGCCGGUUUUGCCGGUUCAAUGGGCCGUGGUGUUGAGGACCACGAGAUCUGGGACCGGACUUUCCAGAAUUAG